GGCGAGUUCUCUGGUGAGACAACUACCCAAUAAUUAUCUGGGUCUUUGUCAGACACGGGCCAACUCCUGUUUCUGUCGCUGUCACAAACCCACCGAGGUCCGAGGCUUUGAUAUCCAGCCUCUAGCUUGACAUCUUCACGCUUCACACUUCAGCUUUCAUCAGCCACAGCUCGCACACCUAGCCAAAGAUGAAGUUAGUAUCACGCAAGGUCCCCAAUUCCCUCGCGGACGAGACCGUUUCUCUCCUGCCCGAGGAUCCCGAAGAUAUGUGGCAUGCAUACAACCUGAUCCUAUCUGGAGACAUCAUCCAUGCUCACACUGUCCGUAAAGUAGUCGUGUAUUCAGACACUGGGAGCUCGAAAUCUGAGCGUUUUCACACUGAACUGGCUAUCAAGGUCAAAUCCACUUCCUUUGAUCCUAUCAUCUCAUCACUCCGCGUCUCUGGAACCAUCAUUUUAGAGAACCAACAUGCCGCCUUAGGCUCUCAUCAUACCCUCGAUCUCGAGGUGAACCGCCCGUUUACUAUCAUCAAGCCAGAAGGAUGGGACUCUGUCGCAAGAGCCACUCUUCAAGAGGCAUUAUCAGAUGACAAGGAUGGUGCCGUAGCAGCCGUUGUCAUGCAGGAAGGACUUGCCAACAUCUGUCUCAUCACACCAUUCCGAACCGUCCUCAAAGUCCGUGUUGAGAGCGUGAUUCCCAAGAAACGCGAUCUUGCAUCAGACCAAGAUGCAGGUAUGCGCCGCUUCUUUGAGAAGACAUUGUCGACUCUUUUGCGAACUAUGGACUUCACACAGUCACGGCCGCUGUUACUGGCGAGCCCAGGCUUUGUGGCUGGAGACUUCAAGCAGUAUAUCGCCAACCAAGGACGGGAUAAAGCAGACAAGGUGCUUACAGCGGUGGCGAAGCAGGCUACGGUGGUUCACUCCAAUUCUGGUCACGUCCACAGUCUUAACGAGAUCCUUAAAAGCCCUGAAGUCUUGGCCAAGAUGAAGGAUAUGAAGUUCGCCCGUGAAACGCAGUAUGUUGAUCAAUUCUUCGACAUGCUAAAGCUGGACGAUGGGCGCGCAUGGUAUGGUACUUCAGCUGUCGAAAAGGCCGUCAAAGACGGAGCCGUGGGGCCAGGUGGUGGUGUUCUCCUGGUCAACAAUUCUCUGUUCCGAAGUGAAGACCUUGCUCUUCGCAAGAAGUACGUCGCUCUGGUUGACAAGGUACGAGGUGAUGGCGGUGAGGCGAGGAUUCUCAGCAGUGAUCAUGAGAGUGGUCAGCGAUUGACUAUGUUGGGCGAUAUCGCUGCCAUACUCAACUACCCAAUGCUGGACCUUGAUGAAGACGAUGCCGAUGAAGAUAACGAGGCAACUGGAGAGCCUACUAUGGAAAAUAGUGUCAUCUAGUUCAACGAAUAGACAAAAGAAAUGAGAUAUGAAUUCAUGAGG